GUGACAGACUCCCCACAGCCCAUGGAACAUGGUCACAGCCCUGGACCUGAGGCUCAAGAGAGCCAACAAAGUGUACCGAGAGGGGGAAACCUUGUCUGGCGUGGUGAUAAUAUCCAGUAAGGAAACAGUCCCGCACCAGGGCAUCACUCUGACCAUGGAAGGAGUCGUCAACUUGCAGCUCAGUGCCAAGAGCGUUGGGGUCUUCGAGGCUUUUUACAAUUCUGUCAAGCCCAUCUCGCUGAUCAGCAGCAACAUCGAGGUGGCCAAGGCUGGGAAGCUGCCGAACGGACGCACUGAGAUCCCCUUCGAGUUCCCGUUGACUGUGAAGAACAACAAGGUCCUGUACGAGACGUACCAUGGAGUCUUCGUCAACAUCCAGUACACGCUCCGAUGUGACAUGCGACGGCCCCUCCUGGCCAAAGACCUGACCAAGACCUGCGAGUUCAUCGUCCACUCGCUGCCUCAGAAAGGGAAGGUGAGCCCCAGCCCCGUGGAUUUCAGUAUCAGCCCCGAGUCUCUGCAGAACGUCCGGGAGAGGACGUCCCUGCCUCGAUUCCUGAUUCGGGGCCGCCUCGACUCCACCAACUGUGUGAUCACCCAACCACUGACCGGGGAGCUGGUGGUCGAGCACUCGGACGUUCCUGUCAAAAGUGUGGAGCUCCAGCUGGUCCGUGUGGAGACCUGCGGUUGUGCCGAGGGCUACGCGAGAGAUGCCACGGAGAUUCAGAAUAUCCAGAUUGCUGACGGCAACAUCUGCCAGGGGCUGGCGAUCCCCAUCUACAUGGUGUUUCCCAGGCUGUUCACCUGCCCCACCCUGGAAACCACCAACUUCAAAGUGGAAUUUGAGGUCAACGUGGUCGUGGUUCUCCAGGACGAUCACCUGAUCACAGAGAACUUUCCGCUCAAGGUCUCCCGGGUCUGAGCAGCGAUGGCCGCAGCGAACGAGGGAGAGACAGAAGCCGCAGUACAGCAAAGAGCCAACAGGAGGCGCUGGCGAUCCGCCUGAUUCACAUACUGUACCAGCUUUGCUGCCCGCAUGACCCCUGGCCUGCAGACCAACAACCCUGACCUUUUCUACUAAACUUGUGUGUACAGAGAGAGAGAGAGAGAGCGAGAAG